AUGGAUAUGCGUGGAUUGUCUGUGUUUAUUUCCGACAUUAGAAAAUCAACUACAAAGGAAGAAGAACAAUCCAAAGUUGAAAAAGAAUUGGCCAAGAUCAGAGGUAAAUUCAAGAAUGGAGCUUCUCUCAAAGGAUACGAUCGUAAGAAAUAUAUCUGUAAAUUGCUCUAUAUUUACAUGCUUGGCUAUGAAAUUGAGUUCGGUCACAUUGAAGCAGUGAACUUGUUGGCUUCACCAAAUUACUCUGAGAAACAUAUGGGAUAUCUUGCUUGUUCAUUGUUGUUGAAUGAGAACCAUGAAAUGGUAACACUCAUCACACAAUGUAUGAAAAACGAUUUGAAUAGCAAGAAUCCAAAUGAUCAAUGUUUGGCUCUCACUGCCAUUGCCAACAUUGGUGGUAAAGAGCAAGCAGAAGCUCUCGCUCAUGAUGUACAAAAAUUGCUCAUCUCCAAUGAAACUAAACUUACUGUGAGAAAGAAGGCUGCUCUCACUCUCUUGAACUUGUACAGAAAAUAUCCAGAAAGUUUACCACCAGACACAUGGUCCGAGAAGGUCAUUGCUCUCAUCAAUGGAAGAGAUCUCGGUGUGAUUACAAGUGUCAUGAGUUUGAUUUUGGGUCUUGCUGAAAAGAAUCCAGAAGCCUAUCAUGAUGCCGUCUCAAAGACUGCUCGUCUCUUGAUGAAAUUGGUGUUAAAUAGAGAGUAUUCUACUUCAUAUUUGUACUACAAGAUUGCAGCUCCAUGGUUGCAAGUCAAGGCAUUCCAAUUGCUUCAAUAUUAUCCAGCACCAGAGGAUAAGGCUAUUUACGAUUCAAUUAUUCAAGCAAUCGAAAAAGUUGUUCAAAUUGCAAAGAAAUCAAAGGAAACAGCAUCCAAGAGCGUGAGUCAAAUCAAUGCAGCACACAGUGUUCUCUUUGAAGCUUUGAAUGUUGCUAUUCACUACGAUUCCGCAAAAACAAUUUUGGUUACAUCAUGUGGAAUGUUAACAAAAUAUUUGAAGGAUAGAGAGACCAAUUUACGUUAUUUGGCUCUUGAUACUCUCUCUCGUAUGGCUUAUUCUCAAUUUGAUGAAGUUUUGGCUACAAUCAGAAAGGAACAAGAUACAAUUUUGCUUGCUUUGAAGGAUCCUGAUAUCAGUAUUAGAAGAAGAGCUCUUGACUUGCUAUACAGCAUGUGUAACAGAGACAAUGCUGGAGAAAUUGUUGGUGAAUUGUUAAACUAUUUACCACUUUCUGAUUAUGCUAUCAGAGAAGAAUUAGUUUUGAAGAUUGCCAUCUUGGCUGAAAAGUUCUCUGUUGACCUUACUUGGUAUGUCGAUGUUGUUCUCAACUUGAUUUCUCAAGCUGGAGACUUUGUUGCUGAUGACAUUUGGCACAGAGUCAUCCAAAUUGUGACCAACAAGGGAGAGGAAUUGCAAAAAUAUACUGCUCAAACAGUAUUCAGUGCAGUUUCAUCACCUGCAGCUCACGAAACAUGCGUCAAGGUUUCUGGAUACAUUUUUGGUGAAUUUGGUGACUUGAUUGAUGAGAAUCCACAAACUGAUUCCAAUGCUCAAUAUGAAUUGUUGUUGUCCAAGUUUAACUUGUGCUCAACAGUCACAAAGUGCCAUCUUUUUAACGCUUUCAUGAAAUUGUACAACUUGUACCCAGACAACCAAACUCUCCGUGAUCAAAUUAAGGAUGUUUUCGAGAAGCAUACCAAUUCAUUUGAUGCUGAAUUGCAACAACGUGCUGCUGAAUAUCUUGCUCUCAUUAACACUGGAGACGAAAAUCUUAUCCAAGCAGUCAUGGAAAAUAUGCCAAUGUAUCCAGAACGUGACUCUCAAGUCAUUAAGAGAUUGAUGGAAAAGGAAGCAGCCAAGAAACGUGGUGCUGGUUCUGGACAAAAGGGUGAGAAUGGAGAAGAGGAAGAAGAGGAAGAGAUUCAAGAAACAAAACCUGUUCCAACUAAACAAUCUGAUGAUUUGUUAGACAUGCUUGACAUGGGAGGUUCCACCACCACAGGUAACACUGGUUAUGACAUGAAUGAUAUUCUUUCAGGCUUUGGUACUGGAAACGUUUCUCAACCACCACAACAAACACACAGUAUUGACGAUAUUUUGGGAGGAUUUGGACCAACAUCUACCACAACACAACCACCAGUCAGCACUGGAGGUGAUCUUUUUGGAGGAGUCAAUAUUGCUGCUCAAGCUGCAAAUCUUGGUAAGCAAAAGAAGGAACAACGAGAUCAAACCGGAUUCAACUUUGAUGAUGUGGUCAUGGCUAACAAGGAUAAUGCCCUCGAACAAAAUGAACAAGUUCACCAAGACGCUGCUGUUAAACAUCAACAAUUGUUAAAGUCAGCUGAAGGUGUUGCAAUUGAAGAUGAACACUUGCAAGUCAAGAUUAAGACUGAGUAUCACGGUUGUAAAGGAAGAAUUAUUCUUCUCUAUGGUAACAAGACCACCAACCCAUUGACUCAAUUCCGAGUUCACAUUCUUGUUCCAAAGGAAUUGGAAGCACAAAUUUCUAAGCCUCCACCAAUGAUUUCUCCAAAGACACAAGUUCAACAAUAUGUUGACAUUGUUGCUAAGGCUCCAUUCAGCGAAUUGACUGAUCUGGAUUUAUACUUUGAGGCUAAUCGUAGAUAUUACAGAUUUAACAUCAAGUUACCAAUUGUUCCUCACAAGUUCAUGGAACCUUAUACAAUUGCUGAUGCUGAUUCCUUCUUUAGACAAUGGCAUCAAAUUCCAAAGGACACUCCACAAGAACAACAAAAGAUCUUCCCAUGCACACCCAGAUAUUCUGACUCUACUUCAUGUGCUAAGGUGUUGUCGGAGGGAUUCAAUUUUGCUAUUUUACAAGGUAUUGAUAAUCCAAGCAAUGUGGUCGCUGCUGCUUCCUUCUUCUAUGAUCCUGUGGGUAAAGUCAACGUGUUGUUACGUCUCGAAUACAAUGCUCAAAGACAAGCAUUCAGAUUGACCGUCAAGGCUGCAGAUACUACCAUUGCUAACCAAGUAUUCCAAUAUGUCUUGCAAGAACUCACAUCCCAAUAA